GGCUAGAAAGCCUAGGGGUAGUCACUAAUCAUGCUAUCUUAAUAGUAACAAUAAGCAAACCCUAAAAAAACGUUCGGUACUCUCUAAUAGAUUGCCUAAAUUCACUCUCACACUUCAUUUCUCCUCAAACUUGGGAGAACCUCUAACUGACAACAUUUCCAGGUCUCCCUGCUCCAGCAAACAUGGCGGAUGGAUCAGGGUAUCCAUCUGUGUAUAAGAAGAUACAAGGAAAGUCUUAUUUCAUGUCUCAAGUUUCACCCAGUUUGCAAGCAAGGAAUUGUACGGUACACAAUUUCAGGCGUUCCUUCUUUAAUGGAGAAUUCCAAAGUCCUGUUCUGUACUCGUACCAGGGUACUGGCUUGACAGAUGUGUCUCCAGUCUCUACACCGAUUCUUGUGCCUGCAGUGGCUGAGAAAGCACAAAAAAAUUUCUGGGUUGAUUUUCUCAUGGGAGGGGUUUCUGCUGCUGUUUCUAAGACUGCUGCUGCACCAAUUGAACGAGUCAAGCUCUUGAUCCAGAAUCAAGAUGAAAUGCUCAAGAGUGGUCGGCUCUCUGAACCAUACAAGGGUAUAUCUGACUGUUUUGCCAGAACUAUGAAGGAUGAAGGCAUGAUUGCUCUUUGGAGGGGAAACACUGCCAAUGUUAUCAGAUACUUUCCCACCCAGGCCCUGAACUUUGCUUUUAAAGAUUACUUCAAGAGGAUGUUUAAUUUCAAGAAAGACAAGGAUGGGUACUGGAAAUGGUUUGGCGGAAACUUGGCAUCUGGCGGGUUAGCUGGUGCUACAUCUCUUUUCUUUGUGUAUUCUUUAGAUUAUGCAAGGACCCGGUUGGCCAAUGAUUCUAAGGCUGCGAAGAAGGGUGGUGAGAGGCAAUUCAAUGGUUUGGUUGAUGUAUACAAGAAAACACUAAAAUCAGAUGGUAUAGCUGGCCUUUACCGUGGUUUCAGCAUCUCAUGUGUUGGAAUCAUUGUCUACCGUGGAUUAUACUUCGGAAUGUAUGAUUCACUUAAACCUGUGGUGUUGAUUGGUGGAUUGCAGGAUAGCUUUUUGGCCAGUUUUCUCUUGGGUUGGGGAAUCACAAUUGGUGCUGGGCUAGCUUCCUACCCUAUAGAUACUGUGCGUAGAAGAAUGAUGAUGACUUCCGGAGAAGCAGUUAAAUACAAGAGUUCUCUUGACGCAUUCAAUCAGAUCGUCAAGAAAGAAGGAUCAAAAUCACUCUUCAAGGGGGCUGGUGCAAACAUUUUGCGUGCUGUUGCAGGUGCUGGUGUGCUUGCUGGUUAUGACAAGCUACAGCUAAUUCUCCUAGGCAAGAAAUAUGGUUCUGGUGGUGGCUAAGGCCCUGCCUUAUGAUGAUGGCGAUGAGUAUGAAGUAUAUUAUAGAAUAAUUUUGGUAGUACCCUUUAUAUAUACUUUCUCCAGCUCUAUGGAUAUAGUUUCCUGUGUUUCUCAUCACCAGACCAUUCUGAAUUUCGAAGUGUUGUUAUUUAUGCUCAAAUUCAGGCUUGCUUUUGCAUUUGGAGGAGUUGUUUUGGCCAUGGAAGCGAAAAAUAACUGAAUAGACAGUGUUUGUCAUUUGAAAAUGUAAACUCUUUUAGUAGAAAGAGUUGCUAUCCUGGAACUUGUGUUUUAUUAACAGCAAAUGUAUGUGUCUAUUUUGUUUGCCAAUAUUUCACGGCUAUUCAUUUUGGGUUUUAUCUUUGAUACUA